CAGCACUCUCGCUCUCCAGCUUCAGAGUCCCCGCUGUUGCUUCAUCAGCAGAAGAAAAAAAUUACCCAGCGCCUUUCUUUAUUUCAAAAUGGCCGAGUACUUGGCGUCGAUUUUUGGGACUGAAAAAGAUAAGGUAAACUGCUCGUUCUACUUUAAAAUUGGAGCAUGUCGCCAUGGAGACCGGUGCUCCAGACUCCACAACAAGCCCACGUUCAGCCAGACCAUUGCUCUCCUGAACAUUUACCGUAACCCACAAAACACAGCCCAGUCUGCUGAUGGACUAAAUGCUGUCAGCGAUGUCGAGAUGCAAGAACAUUAUGAUGAGUUCUUUGAGGAGGUCUUCACUGAAAUGGAAGAGAAGUACGGAGAGGUCGAGGAGAUGAACGUCUGUGAUAAUUUGGGAGAUCACUUGGUUGGAAAUGUCUACGUGAAGUUCCGCCGAGAAGAAGAUGCUGAGAAAGCCGUGAUAAGUUUGAAUAACCGUUGGUUUAAUGGCCAACCCAUCCAUGCUGAGCUCUCACCUGUUACUGACUUCAGAGAGGCCUGCUGUCGACAGUAUGAGAUGGGAGAGUGCACUCGAGGUGGCUUCUGCAAUUUUAUGCACCUAAAGCCAAUCUCACGGGAGCUCAGGAGAGAACUGUAUGGGCGUAGAAGAAAGAGGCAUCGCUCUCGCUCGCGUUCUCGUGAGAGACGGUCUCGUUCUCGGGAACGCAAUAGAGGAGGUGGUGGUGGUGGCGGCGGCGGCGGCGGAGGAGGAGGCGGUGGUGGUGGUGGAAGAGACCGUGAGAGACGGAGGUCAAGAGAUAGAGAACGCUCGGGACGAUUUUAAACGCCUUCCUUUCUAAGGCUAGCAUUCAUUCCCCAAGCCCUGUCCAACUUCUGUCCUGAUGAAAAUGUGAUAAAUGUUGAUGAAAAAUUGAAUUUCUCCCUGAAUUCCUUCUUCUGAACUGUUUAUGCAAAAACUGUUUCCUUUUUCAAUAAAGAUACCUUAGAAAUUUUA